AUGGCUGUCAAAGAUGAUAACGAGAAGGUACGAGCUGAGAGGAUGGUUUCUUACCACUUUUAUUUGCAAAGCGAAGAGGACGAUUUUGGUGGAUUUUUACCAGUCGAAACUAGUAUUGAUGAGUUGUACCCUCCCGUGUGUCAGAGCUGUAACAGGGACGAGUGUUGCGUGUUUGGAUAUUUGAUAAUAUUAUUUCUUUUCGGCGGAGCAGCCGCGGGAGUCGGUUUGUUUGUAUUCGUUUGGGAAUUUUCACAGAAUACAAAUGAGAGAAUUUUCUUGGAGUUAUUAACACCUAUACUUGGCCUUGUCUUAACGGUUUUCGCCGGAGCAAUGUGGGUUUUAGCCACGAUCGGCUGUGUUGGCACGAUUAAACAAAGCACUAAAGUUCUUCACAUGAUAACAAUAGCUUUUAAAGUUCUUUUGUUGCUCGAGGUAGCCUUGUCUUUCCUAGCGUUUUAUUAUCAAGUUCAAGUCAAAGCAGAGACAAGUAAAUGGGCUGAGUGGAUGUCGUUUAUUCGCCAUUAUCACGAAGAUCCUAAUCUACGAACCACCAUGGAUUCAAUUCAAACACGUCUUGGAUGUUGUGGUUUCAAUAGUUACAAAGAUUGGGAUGAAAACGUUUUGUUUUCCUGCUCUUCCACACGUCUGAAAACCUGUCCUCUUCCAGUGUCGUGCUGUAAUGACACUGUGAAAAAAAUUAAAUGUGGGUACGAAAUACAAAACGAUCCUGACGGCGAAAUCAUCAAAAUACAGCCACAAAAAUCAGUUUUCACGGAAGGCUGUUUGAUAAAUAUUCAAAACUGGUAUAAAUACAAUCUGAUACUUAUUUCAACGAGCGCCGUUUUAUUGGUGGUAGUACAGGCAAUUCUUAUUUUCGCAAUUAGCCGCCUCGUUCGUCGAAUUAAAGACGAAAACAUGGGAGAAUGUUCUGAACCGUCAGGUGAGGAAGAAUUAAUCCCCUUGCGCGCAGAUAACUUACUGGAAAACAUCAUUAUAGUACGUGAUGAACGAGUUACAGCUGAAAGGAUUCACAGCCUGAAGGCUGUCUUGAAAACCAUAAUUCGCUGGAGUGCAAACGAUUCCACAAGAGAAGAAAACAUUUAA